AUGAUCGUUCGUUCGGUUCAGGUCUCUCCGUAUCUCGGCGUCGCUACCCCCUUCCGUUAUGCGCCACCCGCUCUCAAAUGCGCUCCUCACCGAGCUCCUCGAGAGGCACGAGGCCGACGUCCCUUCUCACAGUCUACAUACCUCCACCAGUCCGCCGGUAACACCUCUGUGAACCACUACGAUGUCCUCAGGCUCCCUAUGCAGGCCACUCCGGCCGAGCUCAAACGGCAAUUCUACGUUCUCUCCAAAGAGACUCAUCCAGACGUGAACCAAAACGACCCCACGGCUUCGGAGCGGUUUGCGCAGAUAAGUGAGAGUUACUCUGUUCUGGCAGAUCCAGAGAAGCGGAAAAGAUAUGACCGUGAUGUCAUGAGGGCCCAUCAUCCUCACCAUCGCGGUCACGGCACCCAUGGCCAACGAUCUCAGGGCGGGACAUAUGCCGGCCAUCGACCACCCAGUGGCCUGAGCAAGCGACGAAGCGUCUUCAAAGGGCCGCCGCCAUCGUUCUACGCUCACGGAAACUCAUCCGCGCGCCCGCAGGAGCAGCAAACCCGAGGAGAGGAAUACAAAGCUGGCACUUUCAACGCGGGCGCAUUCUCUGAAGGUGGCGGUGGGCCUGCCUUUGAUACCCGACCGACAUACAAGACACAGACGCACGAAGAUUACCGUCGCGCCAACCGCCGAGCGGCGGAACUCGCAGCGGCACAGGCUGCAGCGGAAGAGGAUAACUUCUGGGCCCGCUUCAUUGUGGUAUCCGGAAUCAUCGUUUUGGGUGUCUCUGUUGGUACGUUGGUGUUGCAUAUGGCCAACAAACCUCGAGGAGGCGGACUCAUUCGAGGAGACGGCAGCCGAAGGGACGGUGCGAGGAAUGAAUGGACGAAAGGCUAG